CAGGGGGAGAAUCAGCUGUACCACUUCGCGAACUACAACUUCACUCUUGUGGCGACGGUGUCCAUCCACAAGGUGCCGACGAAGGAAGAUACUCCCAUUCCUUUGAUGGGUGUGAAGACGAAUGACGCAGAGAAUGCAGUACUUCUGGGACUGUCGUACAACAAAGAAAAGAGGUGGAAAUUGUUGCAGGGUGGCGGAAAGACCGAGGAGCUCAGCGGCACUUGGGAGACAGAUGCAAAGUACCAGGUGGCGAUUGUGCUACAGAACGGCAAACAGGGCUCGAUCUACGUUAAUGGUAAACUUGUGUGUAAGGAUGCGCAAUGUGAAUUGAAAAAUACGGAUAUUAAUGUGGUCUCCCACUUCUGCAUUGGAGGGGAUGGAGACAAAACAGGGAGCAAAGAAGACGUGUCUGUGACUGUGACGAACGUCCUACUGUACAACCGCCCGUUGGAUGGCAAUGAGAUUAAUGCGCUUAACGCAAACAAAGCUUCUAUUCCGAAGAAUGUGGCUGCGCGUACCUCUUCACCCGUGGUGUCUCGCCCGAAGUGCUCUGCUGAACAUUUGGCGGCGGGAGCAACGGGUGGCGUUGCCGCUCGUGACAGUGGGGCACAUGGUGAUGGCGGCACUGUGUUUGGCAACGAGGUGCUGCCAUCGCUUGUUCUUCUGUUGGGACUGUGGGGGUUUGCGGCUCUGUGA